AUGCCUUCCCCAACCCAGCACCCCCCUCGCCCCUUCCUCUCCAACUUCCUCGCUGCCUUCCGCGCCCGCUCCUCCUUCCAACCCACAAAAAAGCAAUCCACAACCACCUCAACGAGCACCACCACACAACCCCCCUCGCCCUCUUCUCAGCCCUCACACCCCCGCACCAUUACCCCGCCAAAAUCCCACAACCACCCCACGACAUCCGCCCUCUCGGCGCUGCAUUCAACGCCGCUCUCGCGCUCGCCAGGCACGAGCCCGGGGUAUAUGUCUACCAUGGCCAACUCGGCCGCGGCGAGGAGGAGGGGGAGCGAGAGUGAGGGCGAGGGCGGAGGGGGGUUUAGGGAAAUUGGUAGUGGAGGGGGGGAAAAGUGGUAUGUGGGCGGUAGGACGGCGGCGGGAGAGGAGAGGUUCUUUAGGUUGGGUGUUGUGAGGCGAGAUGGGAGUUUGGACAGGGUUAGUGCGGAUAGGUUGAGCUUGUAGGGUGGGAGAGUUGGAGGUUGGAGGGGUUGGAAAUUGCAUUGACUGCGGGUUGGAUAUGAACGAUCAUUGGAUCGAUAUGAGAUAUGGAUAUGACACUGGAUACGGAUACGACACCUUGGGAACGCAUAUGACAUUGGAUAUGGACAUGACACAUGGACACGGAUAUGGGAGGCAACUCGGCUUGGACAGGACAGCAUGGACGGACGGCUAGGUUUGCUUGAUUUGGCGUUCUGGCGACAUGGUAGAUGCAGAUGACCGACGCGACUCGGCGCGGUGACGGACAAAACGCAGUGCUUGGCUCGGCUUCGUCUGAUUAUACGAUGAAUACACACACAUUACCGCCC